AUGGAGUGUGGGGGACACUUUGGAGCAAGCAAGACGACAGCACGUAUCUUGGAAAGUGGUUUGCAUUGGCCUGAUUUAUUUAAGGAUGCUUUUAACUUUGUUCGUCUUUGUGAUAGAUGUCAGAGGUUAGGCAACAUCUCAAAACGACAUGAGAUGCCCUUAAAUAAUAUCCUUGAAGUGGAGAUCUUUGAUGUUUGGGGUUUAGAUUUCAUGGGACCUUUUCCCUCAUCUUACUCCAACCAAUACAUUCGGGUAGCAGUGGACUAUGUUUCAAAGUGGGUUGAAGCUGUUGCCCUUCCAAACAAUGAUGCCAAAAGUGACUCCAUAUCAUCUCUCAAACAAGCGGACAAGUGGAAUUUACCAAUAGAGAAGUCAAAGAAGAUUCCUGGAGGACUAACUGUUGGACCAAUUCUAGAAAAGGACAGGUCAAGAAAACUGAUUCUGGAGACUACUGUUGGACAAUCUAGAAAAGACAGGUCCAAGAAACUCGAUGAUGCUCUAUGGGCUUAUAGAACUGCAUUCAAAACGCCAAUCGGUAUGUCUCCAUAUCGCAUUGUCUAUGGUAAGGCUUGUCACCUCCCUGUUGAAUUAGAGCAUAAGGCAUUUUGGGCCAUCCAAUUUUUAAAUUUCAACACUAAGGAAAGUGGUCAAAAACAGCUUCUUCAGCUAAAUAUGAUGGAUGAAAUGCGCCUCCAUGCAUAUGAGAAUGCCAAAAUAUAUAAGGACCGUACCAAACAAUGGCAUGAUAAGCACAUUAUUUUGAGGAAUCUUAAGGUAGGACAACAAGUGUUGCUCUAUAACUCCAGACUUCGUCAUUUUCCUGGAAUAAUAAGAAGUCCAAGAGGCAGCACGUCAAUUGGCACAACUGUGCUUCAAAGAGAAGAUUGGAAUUUGAGAGACAGAAGCUAG